ACAGUAUUGAAUGAAGCAGCAUUGAUGUCCGCACCCACCUUAAAGAACAUAAAAUAACUUAUACAAAACGUCACAUGUAGACCCCAUAAAAGUAGUUACAACUCCUGGAAGAAUCUUCAACCAACUAUAAGAAAUUGAGAUGGAGUGUUCUUCAACCUCAAGAAAAUAAAAAAGAAGGGAGUGUUCUUGGUGGGCACCACACCCCACGCUCACAAUCAAUCUCCCUGAAAAACCCAUGUUUACUUGUAAUAAAAAUCGAUCGCAACCGAAAACUACCGCGACGAUCCGACACCACGCGGCUCGGAAAAUGAUUGCAGAGAAGGUGCUUGCCAAAAAGCCUCAGACAUAAAUGAUUAAUUACCCUUUGUCUCCAACAAGUAAAACCCCAUUAUUUUCCGGCUAAGGAGCAAAAAGGCCCCCCUUCCCUCUCGACCACUGAUUGAUGCUUUUGCUUGCGUCGACCCCAUGACUUUGUUCCCGCACAUGCCGGCCUCUUCUGGGUGUCGUAAUUUUCGUAGCUUUUUUUAUGAACUUUGCUUUGCUCACGCAUUGGGGGCGUCGUGAUCUGUGCACCCUUUUCUGGGUUUUUGUCUUUUGAUUAAAUUUGAAUUUGUGUUGGGUUUUUUUUUGUUUAUUUAUGGUCCCAUCCCAUCUUAUGGUGUUUGGUGGUCGUGGUGGGUGUGGGGUUUUCUCAUUUGAUGAGAGAGAAAGAGAGGGCGAGCGAGCUGUAAAGGGGCACUCGGCAUUUGUUUGACUAAGUUGGACUUGGAUUCCUACUUACGUUGCUUGCUGCCCGUCUUUAACCCCUCCUUUUCACUUUUGAAGUUUGAUUAAACAACUGGUUUCUGGGUCUCUGUUCCUCCUCUCCACCCAAUUUCAUGAAGCUCUUGUUUUCCUAGAGAGAGAGAGUAAAGGUUCUCUCUUCCCACCUCAGCCAUGGCUCCAGCUGGCAAGGUUUCUGAGUUUUGCAGACAAGGCAAUGACUGGUUUUGCAAAGCGGGAUUGCCAAGUGAUAUUACUGUGGUUGUGGACGGCGUGAGCUUCCAUCUUCAUAAGUUUCCUCUCAUAUCAAAAUGUGGGAAGAUAUCACAUAUGUACGAAGAGUCCAAAAGCACACGCAAGAGCAUUUUCACCGCAAUUCUGGAGGAACUCCCUGGUGGCCCUGACAUGUUUCUGAUUGCAGCUAAAUUCUGCUAUGGUAUGCGAGUGGAAUUGACUCCAAGAAAUGUAGUAAUCGUGUACUGCGCAGCGGACUACCUUGAAAUGACAGAUGAGUAUGGGGAAGGAAACUUGCUCUCAAAGUCAGAGAGUUGCUUCCAUAAGAAUGUACUUCACAACUGGAAAGACUCUAUCUUGGCUCUUCAAAGUUGUGAGACUGUAAUUGAAAGGGCAGAAAAGCUUCACAUAGUAAACAAGUGUGUAAAUGCUAUAUCGGUGAUGGUUUGUACAGAUCCUAGUUUGUUUGGAUGGCCCAUGAUGAUGUAUGGUAGCUUACAGAGUCCUGGUGGAAGCAUCCUAUGGAACGGAAUUAACACUGGAGCGAGAAUUCGAAGCUCUGAGUCUAACUGGUGGUUUGAAGACAUCUCAUACCUUAGUGUGAGUUUGUUUGAGAGGCUUAUCAAGACAAUGGAAACAAGGGGUAUAAGACCCGAAAACCUAGUAGGUGCUAUAAUGCAUUAUACCAGAAAGUACCUGCCUGGCCUAGGACGAUGGCAGGGUGGACAACACGGUAUACCCAGAACAGUUACAAGUUUUAGUUUGACGCCCAUUGCCCUUGAUCAAAGGGUAGUUUUAGAAAGCAUUGAAAAACUUCUUCCCCUCAAGAAGGGGAAAUCAUUUUGCCGUUUUCUACUUGGUCUUCUUCGUGUUGCAUUAAUAUUGGGUGUCAGUCAAACCUGCAAGGAUGCUUUGGAGAGGAGAAUAGGGAUGCAGCUGGAAUUGGCAACCCUAGAUGGUCUUCUGAUUCCUACUUAUUCAGAUACUGAUGCAUUGUAUGAUGCUGACUGUGUUGAACGAAUAAUCCAUCAUUUUAUGUCGUCAGAAUCAAAGGCUACACCAUUUUCUCCGUCAUCAUUUGACAUGGAAACAUCGCCAUCAUCAAGACCUUUACAGAAAGUUGCAAAGUUGGUAGAUAGCUAUAUUGCGGAGGUUGCUUCGGAUGUGACUUUAAAACCAGGAAAGAUACGCUCUCUUGCGGAGGCCCUCCCAGAAUCUUCAAGAACUUUAUAUGAUGGGUUGUAUAGGUCACUGGAUAUAUACUUCAAGGCACACCCUUGGCUCUCCAAUAAAGAGAAGGAAGAUCUCUGCAGCAUCAUUGACUUCCAGAAGCUAUCUAUUGAUGCGUGUUCCCAUGCAUCUCAAAAUGAGAGGUUGCCACUUAGAGUUGUUCUUCAAGUCCUGUUCUUUGAGCAGAUGCAUUUGAGAACCGCUCUAGCUGGUUGUCUUCAUGGCUUGGAAACUCAAAGUGGCCCCACAGGUCCUGCGACUGUCCCGGGUGACAUGGCUGGCCAGAUUAUACAGAGGGAUGGGUGGGUGACUAUGGUGCGUGAGAAUCGCGUUUUAAAGGUGGAUAUGGAAAAGAUGAGAUCUAGAGUUGGUGAACUCGAAGAAGAGUUCAGUAAAAUAAAGCAAGAGAUGAAAAAGGUGAGCAAAUCACAUAGCUCCCUCAGUUCUCCUCGUGUGGUUGGCAGGAGGAUUGGGUGCAGUCUUCUCUCGAGACCCUCUGAUGCUAAACCAGAUACUGUUGAGAGUACUCGGCCAUCCCCAAGAUCAUCAGUUGAGCAGGCACGUCCUUCGACCUUGCAUUAUAGACACAAGAAAAUUUCCUUAUAAAGCAAAUAAAGCUUGCCUCGGUUAGUAGAGGCUCUGGUUGGUUCCCAGAAAAUAUGUGAGAAAGGAAUGGAAAAAUUCAUAAUCAACAUUCUCAAAAUGAUUUCCAUGUUUUGAGAUAGUUUCAUUUCCUUCAUGUUUCUGUUAACCAACCAGAAUAGUUCCAGGAGUCUCUGAACGGAGGAUGGUACGCAACCUAUCCAUACUAAUAGAAAUAUUGUCGUUAUAAAGUUGGAUUUUGAGUACAGAGAGAAAUUCUUUUCACCUAUUUAACGACAGUGGUUGGAACUUCGCAGUCAUCAUAGGAUGAAGCAUUAUAUUUCAAGAAGUUACGGAUACCUUACCUGUAACGGAAUGCUAGUCACAUCCAAGAUUUGAACUCAUAGGUCCGCGCUCCUCUUCUUGAGGAGCUUUGUGACAAGUAAAUAGACCUUGUUUCACAGAGAGAGAAGAAAUUUUCGUUCUUUCAGUGUUUUUUUCUUCCAGUUAGCUUGUUUCUGGGUUUAUACAUGUACAUCUUUAUGAACCAAACUGUAACUUAUAGGUCUGUGAAAUAUUGGAAAAAUCAGCAAUCAUAUAUCUGAAUUUGUUUGCCUUC